AUGGGUCGACUCGAUCGCGUCGCCGCGCUCGCGCGCGACGUCACGAGCGCGACCGCGGACGUGGCGAGGAACAUCGUCUUCGGGAGCGGGCCCGAGGGCGAGGACGACGACGGGGUCGAGCGGGCGUUGGAGCGAUUGACGUGUGGCGUCUUGUCGAGCGAUCGCGCGCUCGCGGGACGGACGCUGUGCGAGAUCGUGGAGGAGCGCGACUCGGCGAAAGCGCGGGUGGCGCGCGCGUGGGGCGAGCGGCUGUUGGAGACGCUGCGGGAGACCACGGAUGAUGAUGACGUGAUUCGAGCGGCGCUGGAGGCGACGCGGGCGUGCGCGAGCGGACGGAUGGGCGAGGGACGGGACGCGUGUCGAGCGAUGAUCGCGCGCGACUUCGCGUGGGUGCGGCAGUUGGUGAGCGAGCUCCGGGGGAGGGAUUUUUAUAGUCGACUCGCCGCGGCGCAAACCUUACGCGAGGCGAGCGAGAGCGAAGGCGAGGCGCUGCGCGCGAGCGCGGCGAGAGAUCCGACGGCGGUGCCGACGUUGAUGGACGCGAUGAAGGAGAAUGAGGUGAUUCGGAACGAAGCUUUGUUGCUCUUGGUGGAGCUGACGAAGGAUCACGAGGAGUUGCAGAAGAUUGUCGCGUUCGAGGGCGCGUUCGAGCGAGCGUUCGCGGUGAUGCGAGAGGAGGGCGGCGUCGAGGGCGGUGUCGUCGUUCAGGAUUGCCUCGAACUGUGCAACAAUCUGUUGAGAGAUAAUCCGAGCAAUCAGACGCUGUUUCGUGAGAACGGAUUCGUGCGGAGCGUCCCGGGUCUAGCUGCGGUGGAGCGCGAAAUCGGAAACAGUGGAAUGCGAGGCAUUUCGGCGCAAAAAGCCGCCAACGCGCUGUGCGCGCUGGAGACCGUGCACCUGCUGGUGAGCCCGAACCAGGAGGAUGGAAAGCGGAGAAAUGCGCGUCAUGACGCGGAGCUCGAAGCCUUGCUGCGUCAGCAGCGCCUGGCGGGGUGCCGAGCAAAUCAGAGUGAGUUGGCGAAAACGGGGACGGUUGAAAUUCUCGUGCGCGCUUCGUUGGGGGAUUCGGCGGUGAACGCGGUGAGUGUUCGCGUCGCAGCUCUCCGCGCGUUGGCGGCGCUUGUUCGAAACCACGAGGAAAAUCAAACCGAGCUCUUCAGCGCCACCGCGGAUCGUGCAGGAACAGUCACUGAACCAGCUUUGUUGGCGUGCGGGCGCACAGCGCUGCACAGCCUCUCACCCGCCGAGCGCGCUGCCGCCUCGUCGGUGCUAGGUGCGUCGAUGCGUGGGAAUCCGGACGGUCAGCUACUGCUCGUCUCGACGUUGGCACCCACAGGAUUCGGCGCGACGGAUGGAAGCGAGGAUGCGUCUCUCGGUGGAUUACUCGCGAGAGCGCUCGCUACAAACGUCGGCAUGGUGUACGACCAAGCGAGCGUUGAAGCCGCGCGUAUCCUUCGUGACAUGCUGCACAGAAACGACGACGCAAAGCUAAAAGCGCUUCGGGUGAAUCUUGAGCCAGUGACUUCGCGAGCAAAUGCCUCUGAGCUCUUGCUACCUCGAUGCGUGCGUCAACUCGCCGUCACGCACACGACCGAGGACGAAAAGCCCCAAGUGGAACGUCUGCAAACGGUAAUUUUGAGACUUUUAAUUGUUUGGCUCUACGAGUGCAAACCGGCCGUUGACGCUUUCUUGUCCUCUCCCGGACAUCUGCCCGCCAUAGCCGAUUUAGCUCGCACGGGUGGAAGCACGGAAUCGCCGCACGUCGCGGCUCUCGCUUGCGUCGUGCUGGGAUGUUGCUUGCUCGAGAAGGCUGGAAGCGUGCUCGACGUUGUUUCCGCGCGCGUCGGGCUGCAAAGCUUCUUCAUGAAGUGGGAAGCAAUGACGACAUCGGAGCAAUAUGUGCAGGCGGCCGAAACUCCCAAGUUGCCCAGGGCAUUGACGAGAGCGAACGUGGCGAAGCUAGCGAUCCAGAGCGACGGCGAAGACGAAGUUCCGCCCGGUGAGGGACUGUACGAUAAUGAGAUCACAGUGUUUAUCAACGAGCUCGAGGAGCGCGUGAAGACGUCGAUCAUGUCCAUGUACGCCAAGCCGUCGGCUGGAGAGGAGCGAUCGGCGUCUAGCGUUAUCAGGCGCGACGGCGAAGAUGACGCGUCCUAUUUGACGCGUCUCCAAGAGGCUCUACGCGCGAGCGAAAAGGAGCUCGAGGAUGUGCGUUCUCGAAACACCGUGCUGGCCGAACAGCUUCUUGGGACCUCCAAUCCCGCGGCGGCGCCGAGCGGAGAUGAAGCCGUGUCGGGAUCGAUGGAAAACGGCUCGCGCCCGGCGUCCAACGAAGCUCUCCAGGCUGCCGUUGAGGCGGCUAAGCGCGCGAACGCGCACGAAAUCGAAAAUCUCAAGCGUGAUCUCGAGGAUUUCAAGCGUCUCGCGGACGAGCGCCAGGAGUCGCUCACGUCUCUGAGCUCAGCAUACAACGGAUUAGAGGCGGAGGUGUAUAGACUCGAAUCUGAGGCCACGGGUCUGCGAGCUAAACUCCACGACAUCGCCGAUUCGGACGAUGUUUCCGCCCCGGACACGGCGACGCUAGAUGUUGCGCGCGAAGCCGGGCGCCAGGAGGGUCGAAGACUCGCCGAGGUUGAAUUCGAGACGCGAAUGCGCGACGCGGUGGAAGCCGCCGUCGCCGAAGCCGCCGCCGCGCACGAAGCUGAGCUCAACGAUCUCCUCGCCUGUCUCGGCCAAGAGGAGGCGUCCAAAGAACACUUAUUCGCCCGCCUUCUCGAACUCGGCGUGGACGAGACCGCACUCGAGGAAGAUCUCGCGAAGAUCGUCAUCGGGGAUGAAUAG